AGAACGUGACUGAAGACACAAGUUAACUCUUCUCUCUCACAAGAUCUAAGUUUGUCCUAGGUUGUAACAAUGGAUUUACUCACAAUAUCCAAUGGCAGUUUUGCCCUUGACCUUUUCAAGAAGCUGAAUGAGUCUUCUAAAGGAGAAAACAUUUUCUUUUCCCCUUGGAGCAUCUCCACUGGUCUGGCAAUGGUCUACCUGGGUGCAAGGGGUAACACUGCAACCGAGAUGGCUGAGGUUCUUCAUUUUAAAAAAGAGGAGAAGACUGUUGUUUCCCCUCCGUCAUCGAAUCCCUCUCGUGGGAGACCCAGGAAAAGGAAAAUGGAACCUGAACAGAAUGAAACUCGAGAAAUCCAUGUGGGUUUUAAGACACUGUUAUCUGCAAUCAACAAACCUAACAAAAACUAUGAGCUUAAAACUGCCAACAGAUUGUAUGAAGAAAAGACUUUUCCCCUGAUUCAGAGGUACUUACAGCUUGCUAAGAAAUUUUACUGUGCAGAGCCACAAGCAGUUAACUUUAGGACGGCUGCUGAACAAGCCAGAAAAAAGAUCAAUUCCUGGGUCACAAACCAAACUGAGGGGACAAUCCAGGAUCUGCUGCCUACAGGAUCUGUUGACUCACGGACUGCAUUGGUCCUGGUAAAUGCCAUUUAUUUCAAGGGAAAAUGGGAAAAGCAGUUUAUAAAGGAAAACACAUUUGAAAGACCCUUCAGGGUUAGCAAGACCAAGACUAAACCAGUACAGAUGAUGUUUUUGAAAGAUAUGUUUAAAAUACUUUGCAUGGACACAAUGAAACUCAAAAUCAUCGAGCUCCCAUAUAUUAAAAACGAACUCAGCAUGUUCAUCCUCCUACCAGAUGACAUCAGUGAUAGUACUACUGGUCUGGAACUGCUAGAAAGAGAAUUGACCUAUGAGAAGUUAGCUGAAUGGACCAGCCCAGACAGAAUGGCAAAAGUGGAAGUGGAAAUGUAUCUUCCCAGGAUCCAGCUGGAAGAGGGAUAUGACCUCAAAUUGACUCUGAGCAGUAUGGGGAUGCCAGACGCCUUUAGCCCAGGUCAGGCAGAUUUCACGGGACUGUCUGACAAAAAGGAUCUGUUUUUGUCAAAAAUUUUUCACAAGCCUUUUGUUGAGGUCAAUGAAGAAGGUACUGAGGCAGCAGCUGCCACUGGAAUUGUUAUAGCAGAGAGAGCACAUCUAAAGGCUAUAAAAUUUAAGGCAGAUCACCCUUUCCUUUUCUUCAUCAGGCAUAACAAAACCAAGAGCAUCCUCUUCUUUGGAAAAUUUUGCUCCCCCUAGAAGGUAUUACUUUCUGCUAGUAAAAAGCAUCAGAAGUUCGCUCUGCAGCUGGAAAAUAUUUGGCUCUCCAACCAAUGCCUUGAUUGUAAUCUUACUCAUAGCCCUGCUCAGCCACCUUCUUUAGUUCCAACAUGGGCAACCUCAGGAACAACUAUGCCUUAGAGACAACUGCAGAGGAACAAUUCCUGCUGAGCUGCUCUGCUGUUCUGAGGAGAUGCUCAUCUAUCACAGCUUCUGCAGGAGUGCAGUAUACUCUGUCCUUGCAUCAGGCCUACUCUCCUGGCCAGUGUCUGCAGAGCAAAUCAUGGCUGUGUCCCUCUCUACCCACUUGUUUAUAGGGUGGGUAGAAGUUAGAAAUCUUGAGCCAGGUUCUCACUCCCAUGCUUGGAAACAAGAUGUGAUCAGGUCUAAGCCUGGCCUACCAAGUAUCUUAGUAUCAUAAUUGCUGCCAGCAUGCUGAAGGGCCAUUUUACUUCUAACUAUCAUGUAGCACUUAAUUAUUAGCUCUCCUGGUGCCUUUAAAGAAAGGGUAAUUGUUAAUAUAUUAUGACCUGUCUACAAAUGCUAGGCACAGCAUAGCCAAUUAAAGAUAAACAUCCAGCCCUAGCUCUGAAUGUAAAAAUACUCCCCUUCAGGCUUUUAUGAAGUUUUGUGCUAUUCCCCAUGCAUCUUCUUUUGUUUCUUUGGCAAUUUUGUUAAAUAUGAAUUACUUCAUAUUUACACAGAACCACUUUUGGACUUUGCCAUCCUGUUGAAACAACAACAGUAACUGUUUGUGAGUAAGCUGCACCUAAGCACCAAAGGUGUUUAAGAGCCUUUUAUCCUUUUAUUUUUUUUAAACCAACUGAAAAUUGACAGAUGCUUCCCCUUUUGACUUAACACCACUGUGGUUUGUCCACAUUGGGUGCAUCUACAUGUACUCUUUACUGCAGACUUGACUAAUUAGCUCUGCACUAAUGUGUCACCAUCUACACAGCCACCAUUAUGGGGGUGCAGUAAAUGAGCUAGCUCCACUGUAGCUCAGAGAUUAUACUAUUUUACGGUGGAGUACUUAACUCUGCCGAAAUAAAUGUGUAGAUGGUGACAGGGGCCAGCUGGGGCAUGAGGGUGCUAGAGUGAGGGGGGCUGCCUGCUGCCUAGCCCUGCACUUUAGCACUUUUGUGCCUGAGUCAGCCUCUCUGCCAUCCAAUGCCACCACCCAGACCCCGGAGCUGACUCCCUGGGCCCCUCCCCAGAUCAAGCUGCUAUGGUCCUGGGUACACAUGUAGUCACUGUACCCAGGAGCAUCUGGCUCUGGGUACAACUGCACCAGAGUUUAUCACAUCAUCUUCAUACACAUGUAGAUGCAGCCAUUAAGUCUUACCACAUGGGCCACAUGAGUUCUUUCAAGCUCUUCUCAUCAGGUAAGUGGUGAAUGUGGAAGUAUACAAAAAUACCAAAUUUCUUAUUACAAAUGUUCACUUUGGUAAAUAUUCAUGAUUUCAAGCAAAGCCAAACCAAAACCAUGUGAAACCCCAUCCUUGACAAAGGUUCUCUAAGAUAAGCCUUCCAUUUGAAGACCAUCCCUCACAUCCUUAAGAAUUCCAUAUAGUUUUACUUAUGUCAAAAGAAAGACUGGGAGAGGAUCUAACACUCUACCAACACCCACUUAUCACACUAACAAAAUUAAAAAAAAACAACCUGACCUCUCAGACUAGUAAAAAGAUCACCCUUGCCCAUGGUGCAAUCAACAUUUUAUUUUUUGUCAUUCAUGUCCUGCCAGUAUUGUUAUGAAGCUAUAUAUGGAAUGUUGUAUUACUUGGACUCAUGCUUGUUCUUGGAUCUAAUCUUCUAACAGUCUUUGUAAGCCAGAAAGGCUGAGAAUUAUAAUUAGCAGAAUUGAUAUCAAAAUUGUCAUUGAUGUGUCCUGUUUGACUGUUAUGCUUAUGAAAAUAUGGUAUAAAAACUGCAAUACUCAUACCUACUUCUUUUAAUCUAUUGUUAAAGUAAUUAAUAGCUGGCUUUUAAUUUGUACUCUCUUCCAAACACUGUUUUUAGAAAUAAAACAGAAAAAUAAUGUAUAAUCUUAAAGAACACAGUUUAGCAAAGAUGUUUGAUACUAACAUAUAUCCUAAUGUGCUUUUAGCCCAUAUUUUACUCUACAGAAAGAUUUGUAUGUCUUGAAUUCAAAGCAAUAAAAAAAAUUGA